CCUAGAAACAGGGUUGCGUUCUCCAGCAUCGUCACUCGCGCAAAGGUACUCGAUCAAAUGCAAAUCCAUUCCAUUUCUACAGCGCUAGAACUAGCGCGCAUUUUCGCUCUCGCGGCUAAUCGUACAGGUAGAUAGAUAGAUAGCAAGCAAUUUCUCCAGAAUCAUGCUGUGGGCACUUCCAACGAGUAAGCCAGCGACUACUCUAAGCCCGUUUUCUACCAGCAGCACGCACAGCCACCAUAGUCAUGGCAGAUUUUUGGCCAAGGCAGCCUCCUCAGCUUCUUCUCUAGAGCUCGACAAUGGCGAGGAGAACAGGACCAGUUCCAACACUCCCGAGGAAACUGGAGAGUCCAGUGCCAGCGCGAAAACGAUUCCCAGGUACACGAAAUGGACUCCACAGUUUGCUAGAGUUGAUGAGGUUCUCAAGAUCGUCCAGAAGACUGGGAAUGUAGAGGCGGCGCUGGAGAGCUGGGACAAAUCCCUGUCGGCCAAGAACAUCGUCACGGUUCUCAACAACAUCAACCGCUGGGAGAAAGCUCUCGCCUUCUUCGAGUGGCUCAAGGCCCGACCUGAGCUCUACGAGAUCAACAGGUACACGUACAACGUGAUGCUCAAGAUCCUACGCAAUGGCCGCCAGCUCGAGCUCUCGGAGAAGCUCGUCGAGGAGAUGACGGGUCGCGGGAUCCAGCCGGACAACUACACUUUCAGCACUCUGAUCAACUGCGCCAAGCGCUGCCGCCAGCCGGAAGAAGCUCUCAAGUGGUUCGAGAGGAUGAAGAGCGAAGGGAUCGUCCCAGACGAGGUGACUUACAACUCGGUGAUCGACAUGUAUGGGCGAGUGGGACGAGUGAACGAGGCCGUGGAGCUCUACGAGAAGCUAAAGUCCGUCAACUGGAAGCUCGACACUGUGACUUACGGCGCUAUAGCCAACGUCUACGCCCGGGCCGGGGACUACCAAUCCAUCAUGCAGCUCGUCCAGGAGAUGCGAGACAGUGGAAGCUCCCCCAACGCCGUGAUCAUGAACACGCUCAUGGGGACGCUGAGUAAGGCCGGAAAAGUGAACCAGGCCAAGAAGGUGUUCAACGAGAUGAGAACCUCCGGAGUGAGCCCGACGCCGGUGACACUGAGCAUCCUGGUGGAGAUGUACACGAGAGUCGGAGCUUACGACCAAGCAUUCGAGGUCUACGAGACGCUCAAGACGGAGGGUUGGAAGUGCGACGUCGCGGUGUACAACUCGCUCAUGAAAGCCUGCGUCGAGGGAGGCCGAGUCGAGCAAGCGGAGGAUAUCUUGAAGGAGAUGAAGCGAGCGGGGUGUAACCCGGAUCAUCUCACGUACAGGACGGCCAUGAACACGUACGCGACGAAGGGAAUGGUGGAUCCGGCCAGGAGGAUGUUCGACAAGGUGGUGGCGCUCAACGGCAAGCCGGACACUCCACUCUUCACGGUGAUGAUCCGGGCCUGCAAGCUCGCCGGGGAGAUCGAGCAGGCGAGCAAGAUCUUUGACGAGAUGAUGGAGAGUGGCUGCUGCUCGCCGGACGAGCGAGUGAGCGGGAUGCUGCUCUCGUGCAUGGCCAUGGCCAAGAGCGACGACGAGCGCCUCGCCAUCCUCGACUGCCUGGACAAGUUUAACGCUCCUCUCCACGAGCUCAUGAGCGCGAUCGUCCGCAAGGAAGAGCCGAGAUCCAGGGACGAGGUGGCGGAGAUGGUGGAGAAGUUCAUCAGCGACUACCCCGAGACGGACUCGCGCAAGCCGCUAUGCAACUGCCUCAUCGACAUCUGCUCCAGCGUGGGGAUGAAGCACGCAGCUCACAAGAUCUUCGCCAUGGGAGUUGCGGUGGGAGCCUACGAUGGCCUCCAGACCAAUCUCCCAUCGCUGUGGCGGCUCAACCUCCGGACGCUCUCCAUGCCCGCGGCCGAGUGCGCGAUCGAAGCUUGGGUGAGCUCGCUCAAGGCGGCUGUCCGGGAAGGGGACGAGCUCCCGGAGGAUCUCAUCAUCGAGACGGGCGUGGGACGAGUGCGCAGUGGACAGAGGCUUAACCCGAUCGUUGGAACGCUGCUCAAGAAGCUCGGGGCGCCCUUCACGGAGAACACCGAGCCGGCGGGGUACUACUGCUCGACUGGAGCCGCGGUGGAGGCGUGGAUCAAAGCGAGGAUCGCUCUGGAAGAAAAUUAGGCAUAUUCUCUCCAAAGAUUUUAUAAAAACUUUAUGGACUUUAAUGCACAUUGUGACUAUUAAUAUAGAAGCGGUGGUUUGACGGUGCGAA